GUGGCCGAAAAUCGGAGAGGGAGAGGAAGGGGGGUGGGGUUUCGCGGGUUAGGGGUUUGGGCUAGGGUAGGUGGCGCGACGGGGAAAGGGGAGGAGAGAGAGAGGAGAGGGGUAGGGGUCCGCCGGCCGCCGACGCGCCUCCGGUGCUGGUUUCAGCGGCAAGGGAUGGCUGGGCUGGUGGCUGGGGUUUGGGGUUUUUUUUUUAUUUUUUUUUUAAAUAAUUUUGUUUUUAUUUUAUUUUAUUUUAUUUUUUGUUUAAUUAUUUUCUUUUAAAAAACGGACCAUUCUUAAGGUGAUACGUGACAAGUGGUGGGGUCAACUAACGGUCAACUAACGGACAGUGACGGUCACCUAACGAAAAUAACAUUUGGUGAUAUUGUACUAAACCUUAAUGACAUUUGGUAAAUUUUGAAAAACACAAUGACAUUUAGUAAAUUUUUUAAAUACUCAAUGACAUUUGGUGAAAUAACCAAAUAAAAAAACCACGUAACAAACUUGAAACGGGCCGAACAAAACACCACCACACACAUAACACCAGUCUCCAACCCAGAAUUUGACUCUAACAGUCCAAUAAGGCAAUAAUCUUAGCAAAAAAAUUGACUCAUUUCAAAACUCCCCAAUUUUCUAUCUCAGAAAUCCAAUCACAACCUAUAUAUAUAAAUUAAAUUGCUUUGAAUAUGAGUCAAAUACCCAAAUCCCAAUAUCCCACAAAUCUCUCUCCUCAAAAAACCCCACUUCUAAUGGCGUCCUCUUCAGCCGCCAUUGAUGAACAAUCACCUAACUCAAGCUAUUGGACAUGGAAAAAACACGACUUUUUCCCAGAAAUUUCCUUCAAUUCUUUGUCAGAUUACAAAUCUGCACUUUCCCAGAUUUUCCCACGUCUCAAAGACAGAUUACUGAGUCGUUCUUCUGAUUCUUUCGAACUCGUUGAGUUGAAGAAAGAGAGUGUAAAUCCCAUGAACAAAUGUUUAACAUGGUGGGAUCUUAUAUGGCUAAGUUUCGGGUCUGUUGUCGGGUCCGGUAUUUUCAGUAUUACGGGUCAAGAAGCCCAUAAUCAUGCAGGCCCAGCAAUUUUACUGUCGUAUGCAAUUUCUGGGUUUUCUGCAUUAUUAUCUGCUUUUUGUUACACUGAAUUUACUGAUGAAGUUCCUGUUGCUGGUGGUUCUUUCUCUUUUCUUAGAAUUGAAUUGGGUGAUUUUAUUGCUUUUAUUGCUGCUAGUAAUAUUUUGCUUGAAGCUAUUGUUGGUGCUGCAGGAUUAGGCAGAUCACGGUCUUCUUAUUUUGCUAGUAUGAUUAAGAAUGAUUCUGAUUUUUUGCGAAUUCGAGUUGAUUCCUUUGCUGAAGGGUUUAAUCUGCUUGAUCCUAUUGCUGUAAUUGUGCUGUUGGUUGCUAAUGGUAUUGCUAUGUCUGGAACUAGGCGGACGUCGUUUUUGAAUUGGUUAGCUUCUGUGUUGAGUGCAUUAGUGAUUGUUUUCAUCAUUGUGGUUGGGUUUGUUCACUCGAAAACUGAGAAUUUAACACCGUUCUUUCCAUUUGGGGCCAAAGGGGUGUUUCAGGCUGCUGCUGUUGUGUAUUGGUCUUAUACAGGGUUUGAUAUGGUUGCUACCAUGGCUGAAGAAACUAAGAAACCCUCGAGGGAUAUCCCGAUUGGGCUGGUUGGAUCGAUGUCGAUUAUUACUGUUGUUUGG